UUAGAAUGUUGUGAGGCUUAAGCUUCAGCGGCCGGCCGACCGUUUGAUAGAACAAAGUAUUGCAAGAUGUUGCCAGCGAUGCGUGGCCACAAAGACGAACAGUAUAUAAAGCGAUGUUCCACCAAGUAGCUUCAGUUUAUUCAGUGUUACUGUAAAUAAUAAUCAUGAAGUGUGCGGUGGCAUUAGUUCUCGCCCUCAUCGGCAUGGUGGUCGCUAACCCUGUCCCACCGCUGGGACUGGGCCUCGGUAACUCCUCAUUUAAUUAUAGACACUAUUUGAACACUAAAUCCAAGAUCAUGCAUAGAAAAACCCACUAAGGUAAGCUGAACAAUUAGUUUGCUUGCCUAACUUAGCCACAGAUUACACCAACGAAUACGUAACACAAACUGCAAGACAAAAAAAACUAACUCAUUGUCUUGUAAAACCAAAGUAAAAAUAAAUUGCUCACUGUCUUGCAAAACCUACUUGCUAGUUAUGUAAUCUGUGACCAAAGUAGACAUCACUGGCUAAGCAAGACAACAAGAUGCAAGAAUAGUUACAGUUGAUCAAAGUUUAUUUUUUGCAGGAUAAUUCUACAAGGAUAUUACAACUAUAUCUACGAACUAAAACAUGGUUUUUAAUUCUACGAUAUUUCUAACUAACAGGGCUAUGGUCGGCCUCUCCCGUCUUGCUGCCAUCCUACUCAUACAGUGGCAACUACAUCAACCACGGCGUGACGAUCCCGCGCGUAGUGGUGUCCGCGCCGAUCGUCCGCCAUGUUGUGUCAGCCCCCAUCGUCACCGCACCCAUCAUCCGUACGCCCGUCAUCGCGGCCCCCGUCAGCCUCGGCUGGGGCGGCCUCUGGGGGGGCUAUGGCUCUGGCUACGGCUACUGGGGCUCUAAAACCUCGAAAUUCUACUAAUGAAAUUUCCCCCCGUUCUAGUUGUCACGUGUCAUCUCUAUUGUUAUAGUAUUUCUUUAUAGCUUUUGUUUUGUAUUGUAAUAAAAUUUUUCAUAAGCUUCGUUAUUUGAUUUUUUUAUUGCUUUGCGAAAUUUUGGGUUUAUAGCUCUAUGUUGCUGAAACCAUUAAUACGUGUUGAUUUUUUUGUGAUAUAAGAGGGUACGUUUUGUCGUCAGCUAACCAUGGCGUGGUCAGGCGGGAGCUAUCUCAACAUAUUGACGAUCUUUAUUCUAUUCAAUGCAAUGAAACAAGUGAAGCCUCACGUACAAUCUUCCUUAUCAUCGGAACUUUCUGAAGAAGGAUUACUGAUAGAAGAACCCCCAAAGAAAACGAUGCGCAGAUCCAGUAACGUGGUGGCUCAGGAGUGGAACUCACAAAGCGAAGGCCUACCCAUCGACUUUCCUAAUAGAAGAGACUUUUCCAUGGCGGCCAACGAGAUCAUCAAGCAACCGAUUUACACGAUGCCACCAACAAUGUCCACUACGAGAUCAACUUCCACCCCGGUGUACCCACCUCUAGACCGCCGGUUCCGGCGAAUCUAUAACCCGGAUGAGGUAGCCUCUAUUGAAGACUACCCGUACAUGGCGGCGCUUCUGGUGAACAACGAGCUGUGGUGCGGCGCCGUCAUCAUUGAUACGGACAAGAUACUGACAGCAGCCCAUUGUCUGCAAUUGCAAUACAACAACCGCUUCUUCCGAGAAUACGUGAAGAUGCUGACAGUGCGAGUAGGAUCCACCAACGCCACGUCCGGCGGUGAACUGCUGCGAGUCUCGGAGAUCUUCUUCCACCCUAACUACAAGCCCCAAACCCUGGAGUUCAACUUCGCAGUACUAAGGACCCAUAAGAACAUGACCUUCGGGAGAAAGGACCCGUAUAUCGAGAAGAUUAACUUCUCGAGGGAUAAAGUUGUGCCCGUCGAUAAUCACAUCAUGUUCCUGGGCUGGGGAUCUGUUUUGGGUAUCAGUGGCGCUGGCGGACAAGUUCUGUUACAGAAACUAAAGAUUCCAGUUUAUGACGGAGCAGAUUGUCAAGAAAUUUACGGAAAAGACUUGGUAACGCGCACCAAUUUCUGUGCUGGUUACAUAACCAUAGCGAAAAACGUUUGCAACCACGACGCCGGCGGGCCAGCCAUCAUGGAUGGCGCUCUGAUCGGCGUGCUGUCAUUCUCAUCUAAGCGAUGCGACACCGCCGACCAGCCCGCUGUGUUCUCCACUGUGGGGGCCGUUGCUGACUGGCUCGACAAUCUUGGUGAAAAGAAGACGCAGUUGAGAACUACGGCGAUUAAAAUACCUGAAAUGGUCUAGUAUAGUUUAAUAAAACAAUGAUAAUAUAAUACAUAACAUAUAUUUCACUAAUACUGUACACCCUCCGCCACUAUAAAGAAAAAGACCAAUAGAAUAUAUUUUAUAACUUUAUAUAUUUUCUAUUCAACAUACAACAUUGAAUAACAUACAAUUUAAGAUUAUUAGAUACAUUACUUUUUUUGUGUGUUCAUAAUCGGACCUUCGAACGUAUUUGGAAUGAUACCGAGCUGAUCUCUUAACGCUUAAAGAAUAUUGAUUGAUUAAAUUUUAUAAAUAGGGCGAAACCAAGCAAUACUUUGUAUUUACAGCUAACGGACAGAUAUUUAUCGCGGUACAAACAGUUA